AUGAGUAAAGAGAAAAAGAUUGAGUCAUCUAUGUUAACAUUUUUUGUAUCGGAGAUGACUUAGAAUUUUUGGGAGUAAACUUAAACAACAGAAUUAGAUGUAUUGAAUUAUAUUAAUUAAAGUCUUAAGAAUUCCUAAUAGAACAUGAAUUUGUUAGAGAGGCUAGAAAGGAAGUUAAAGUCAAACAUACUUUACUUGUGUUAGGAGAGGAAUAUUUAUAUAAGAUCUCUCCAAAAUAAAAUUUAAAACGAGUUCCUUUAAAUAUAUUGCAUUUCGAUACAAUUCCAAAAUUACCAGAAGAUCAUAUUUUGCAACUCAAUUCUGAAAAUUAAUUAUAAGGAUUCAAAUUAACUUAUGCAAAUAAGAUACUUCAAGUUUUUACAUAAAACUCUGUUGUUUUUUUGUAAUGGUAAGCUAUUUUAAAACGUAAAUGUCUACUAUCUUGUUUCCAUGAAACAUAUCAUGUUGAAAAAAUGAUAGGUAAAGGCAGUUUUGCUAAAGUAUAUUUGGCUACAUCAAAUGGAUAAUCAUAUGCUAUUAAAGCAUUUAGUAAACAAUUCAUAAGUGAAUAACCAAAAGUAUACUUUGUUUUUUAAAGUAGGGUAGAGAAAGUCUACUUAAUGAGAUGUAAGUUAUGAGAGCUAUUAAACAUCCUAAUAUAGUAUAAUUAUUAGAAGUACAUGAAACAUAAAAUUCAAUUUAUUUUGUUUUAGAAUUAGUUGUUGGAGGGGAAUUACUUUAAAGAGUUAAAGAAAAAGGUAAAUAUUUAUUAUUAUAUAAGGAUUAUUGAAAUCAGAUGAUUUGAUGAAAAUUGCAUUUAAUUUACUAAGUGCAUUAGAUCAUUUGCAUUAAAAAAAAAUAUUCCAUCGAGAUUUAAAACCUGAGAAUCUCCUUUUUAAAUCUAAAGAAGAUAAUUACAAUAUAAUGAUUGCAGAUUUUGGUUUAGCAGCAUUUUCUGAUUAAGAAUUAAUAUUUAAAAGGUGUGGAACUCCAGGUUUUGUUGCACCUGAAAUUUUAUUAUAUAUUGAUGGAGGACCAAUUUAUGAUACAAAAUGUGAUAUAUUUAGUGCUGGUGUAAUUUUAUACAUAUUAAUUGUAUAAUUAUAUUAUUAAUAAGACUGGUAAAUAACCUUUUCAUGGUCAAGAUUAAAAGGCAAUUUUAAAAGCAAAUAAAGCUUGUUAAAUAGAUUUUGGAUUGCCAGCUUUUUUAAAAACUCCUAUUGAAUUUUAAGAUUUAGUAAAAAAGAUGAUGUCUAGUAAAAUUAGUGAUAGAUUAACAGCAUAAGAUGUAAGUAUUGUUAUAUAUUUUAUUAAGUGUUUAAAACAUAAAUUAUUUGCUAAAAUAUCUUAAUAAUUAAAAUAAGAUUAAUAAGAUUUAGAAGAAUAAUAAUAAUAAGUUUUGAAUAAUUUGGCCAAUUAUGAUAUAGAAUAUACAAUUGGUUUAAAAAAUAAUACUUAGAAGUAAAAUAUAAUUAAAUUAGUUCGGAGGAUUUAGUGGGAUCACAAUAAUUACAAUGGCGAAAACCAGCUUAUAAUGGUAAUGUUUAGACUGUUGAAACCUUAACAAAUUGUUCCACUGUUUCGAUUAAAUAAAUUGAUGCUUAAUCUUCAUCUUUGUUCUAAUAAUAAAAAUAACCUUAAUAAUCUAAAUUUAGUAUUUUUAGUGCUAAAUUAUCAAGAUAAAAUAGUUUUGAUGGAGGAACUGGUAUUAUAUAUAUAUAUAUAUAAAUAGAUAUGUUUAAAGAAUGUGCAUCUCCUGGUAGAAGUAAAUUAUCAAAAGAGAAGGAUUUACAUAAGAUUGCAUUGAAGAAUUCAUUUCGAUUUUACUAAAAACCAUAAUUAUAAGUGGAAGAUAAUUAAAUAAAUCAAGAAUAAUCAGAGGUAAGUGAAUUAAUUAAAAGACAUAAUUCUAGUGAAUUGAUAAAAAUGAAUCGUACUGAUCAUGAAAUUUAAUCUCCUAAAAAAAUCGAAUGA